GCAAGACGUGGCGGGGACAGGGCCACCAGUCACUGCCAGGCAGGGACCUCACUGCCCCCAGGCACCCUAUCUGCCAAAUUCUCCAGGUUUCCCCUGUAUCCCAGGUGCCCCCCACGCCACACCCGCUGGAAUCUGCCAAGGGUCCGUCCCCAUCAGAGAUGCUGAUCCUGAGCCGCUCCUCCAAGCUGAGGCUGCUGGAGGGGACACUACGGAGGCACUUGCCUGAGACGCUGCCGGUCCUCGGUGCCGUGAUGACCAUAAACCACAGGAACCCGGCUGGGUACGAGGUGCUGGUGGAUUCGUGGCCCGAGUUCAAAGCUGUCCUUACCCGGCCAUACAGAGAGCAGGUGGCAUCGGACGUCUCCGAUUUCUACACCAACAUGUACGCGGCGUUUUACCGGGACCUGGGCGCCUACUGGGCCCUGCUGGGCAACGCCGUCAACUGGAGCCAAGCCUUCUGGAGCCACGGGCUCCAGGAUGGAGUGUACGAAGCCUGCAGGGACAUCUCCGUGGCUAAAGGGGUCCAGCUGGAAGCGUCCCGCUACUUCACUUAUCUCCACCUGGAUCCCAGCUCCAUGCCUGAAAUCCGGGUUACAAUGUCCUUCUUAAGGAGACAGUGACAGACCAUCACUCCGCUCU